GGAGUCAGACUGUCGCCUUAGAUCUCAUAGGAAGCACACACAGACAGACACACAGGCUUCUCGUUGUCUGUUCUAUGAUGUCUCCUCUUGUUGCCCGUCUGCUGCUCCUUGUCUUCUUGGCGAUACCCCUCUAUGGCGUGGAAAAGGUGAGAAAUAGAGGAUACCGAAAGGAUCCAGAUGCUGACAAGGUGAGAGACAGACCGACCAUCCAGUAUUCUCGAGAUGUAGAUGUGCCGUUCCCAGGGAGAUGUGUGCGCUUUGGUGAAAGGCUGUACUAUCGUUAUCCAUCGCGUUUUUUUGACGAAACUCGGGCCUAAACUAAAAUUAAAUGAUGUACUCUUUUUUCUCUUUUUUCCUCUUUGGGUUAGUUUUUAUUGUGGCAUGCAUUAGUGUUUCUGGGUAAUCAUUCAGACUGAAUCCCCCACGUGAAAAAGUCAUGCUGAGAACUGAGUCGUGCGAUCCACCAGCUGGUUCAUGGUCCAUUUAGUGGGAUUAUCACUUAAGCCUAACAGUCUCCAAAGUUACCUGGUCCAGGCAGCUCAUAAUGUGGGCUACUGAGUUAUAUAUUAUUUUAGGGGGGUCAGUGGGUUCUCUAGUAUUCAAGGUUUGGCUGCUCUCCAGUAGACUGAGGGGGCAGAUAGAAAUCCCCUAACGGGAAGUGGGGUUCUGCCUGAUCCCCUCCUUGUCUGUCUCUGUUUUCUGUCUGUUUCCUAGUGUUCACUGUCGUCUGGGGAGGAAAAGCAUUGAUACUGGCAUUUUUAGCAGGUUAAGGCAGGCUAUCUGAUAUUUGUUAAUACUUAAAGAUGGGUUCAACAGUUGAAGUCCAUUGCAACCACUCACUCCAUCCUUAAUCACAGCCUGUCGUUGAUUGGUAUUACAUAACUCUGCAUGCUGUAGGUGGAGGAUCAAGAAACAAAGUGGGCACACACUGACCUCCUCAAUCUCCUGGAAUUCGAACGAAAGUGAACUACUGAACUUUUGUUUGUAUAUCUAGAACUCUGUAGAUCCCACAGUCUAUGGUAGAUCCUCCUUCAGCAGUCUGCAUCCCCCCACCACCCCAAAAACCCACAGAGCCCAGGCGGUUACUGUUUAUUAUCCCCCAAAGUCAUAUUCCACAAUUGAGACCACAGCAAACGCAUAUAAUAAAGCAUUUUAUGUUAACAUCUGUAUUUAGUGUACUGGAAAUGAUGCAGAAAAGCCAAACUGCACCUCAGUCUCUGAAGAAAGAAGAUCUGCUUAUUUGAACCAAAUGGUAAUCAUGAAAUGCUAAUUUGCAUCCUCUCAAGACCCUCUGAAUGAGGCGCUCUGACAGCAUAACAUUAUGUGCGCACUCUGUCUGCAUGCUGCAGGAGAGCUUCAGUGCUUGCUUCAGUGUUGGCCCAUGCAUGAAAUACUACUGAUUCCUCUGCACUUCAGGGCAAGAGCAGCUCGUAUGCGUCACUUACAGUAGUGGACUGUGUGCUGUACUAAUAUCCAGGGGGACUGGAUUUUAAUUCGUGCAGGCGGCAUGCACCGCUAUAGAAACAGCAGCCUGGUUUGCUAAUGUUGAAUUCAGCUGUGAAGCUAUGUGGACAGAGGCUCCAUUCAUUAGCUUGCCUUGACAGUCUCCAAAAGUCCAAACCUUAAAUGAAAUACAGACCUUUCCCCGCUGGAAAUCAACCAAAGGGGAUUCAUGCUGUGUUUGCGUCAUUUUUACACUGAGACACCUCUCAAUAGGAGCAUGGAAAACGAUCCCUUUUGCCUGAAGACAAAUUCUAGCUCGAUUAGGGCAUAUGCAUACCAACCCACAAACCAUCAAAGAUUUCCCAGUUUCCUAUAGAGACAGUGACCUCACAUCUCCAGGUCGCUCCAGCAUUUUAGCCUCUUAAUGACUCAAACAGACUCCAAACCAUCUGUUUCUCAAGCAGCUGAUGGAAGAAAACUGUAACUCUCUUUUCAAGCAUUUCCCAAAUUUAAAUAGUCUGAAUUAGUGGUUUUACUUUACUCCAGAGACUCCAGUUGGAACUAGAUGUUGAAACUAAGGUAAAAGCGCUUUGUUUCUCCCCUUCUUGCCUUAAUGCCUUCUGGCCACACGCCCUCUAACUGCUCCACAGCUGCUUGCUAAGCAAAGGGCAACAAUGACCCAAAAAGAAAAACACUUUCAAAUCCUUUUGGCAUCAUUGUUUGCUGAAGGGCAGGAAGAAAGCUUACGUGUUAGUUUAAGUCUGUCUAAACUUAGAUGGGGAGGUAUAAUAAGACAGUUUAAAACAACAACAAAAAUACAACUAAAAAGAAACUUUACGCAGCUAACCUUCACACUGUAAUCUGCUGGUUUGAGUUUGUAUUUUUUGAAAAACAAAAUACACAAAGUUAUCUGGGAUCUUCAUUGUGUCUCUCCCAGUAUGUGGUAGGAAUGUUUUGGCAAGCUUCCCUGUCUCUGUGUGUCGUCUGAGCUACUGACUCAGCUUGUGAAAGAUCUGUUUAAACAGCAGAAGAUUCAGCUGGACAAUGAAUCACGCAUGGGAUUUGAGGCGGGCCUCCUGCAAAUUUAGGUUGUCAGCGAGCCUUCAGUUCCUCAUUAACACACGGUAUAUCAUUCACUUGCUUCAUGGCUUUAUGGGUGCUGGCUCUGUCUCUUUACCUCGGUCUGAACACAGCUGUAUCUGCACUUUUCAGCUCUGCAGCAGUGUGAGUGUUUACACAAGUGGUUGAUAGGGUGUAUUCUGGCAGCCAUCAGGUGUUUGCGGCGAAAAUCAGCCCAAACACAGACUUCUCCCCAAGGAGGGAUAAAUAACAAACCCUAAACAAGAAGUUAGAGAAGAAGCGUCUGCUGUGUAAAACAUGCUUCUCAUCAGUUACAGCUUCCAUCGUGACCUUUUCUUCACCCCGUUUUACAGUUUGGCAGUUGCAUGCAAGGUCCGGCAGGCACCCCUGGGAGAGAGGGUAACCCAGGAACUAACGGCAUCCCAGGUACGCCGGGCAUUCCUGGUCGUGAUGGACUGAAAGGUGAAAAAGGAGAGUGCGUUAAUGAGAUCUUUGAGGAGCCUUGGAGGCCCAACUACAAGCAGUGUGCCUGGAACUCUCUGAAUUAUGGUAUCGACCUGGGUAAAGUAGCCGUGAGUAUCUUGAUACACUGACUAACAGGUUUCUGACGUCAGUGCAGAUUUGCAGAAAUGUUACAUAACCCCCCCGUGAUGCAUAGAAGAGGCUGAAUUUCUCUGUGGUGUGCUGCAGGACUGCACGUUUACAAAGAUGCGUUCAGACAGCGCUCUGAGAGUCCUCUUCAGUGGUUCCCUCAGACUGAAGUGUAAGAACGCCUGCUGCCAGAGGUGGUACUUUACCUUCAAUGGAGCAGAAUGCACAGGACCCCUGCCCAUAGAGUCCAUCAUCUACUUAGACCAAGGAAGUCCUGAGCUCAACUCAACCAUCAACAUCCACAGAACAUCCUCAGGUAUGAGUGUUGACAUGGGCUUUGAUAUGCAGUGGACCACCUGAAACGAGAGUUAUCCUCAGUUAGGGCUGGGCGAUAUGGGCUAAAGUUUAUCACAAUACAUUUUUUUUAUCACGAUAUGAAAAAAGAAAUUUGCUUGUCAAUCUUGAAUGUUCCCGGUUACUCUUAAAUGGAAUUUAACAGUGCUUAUUGGUAGCAUGUCUUUUGCAGAACAAUAAGCUACUGCAUCUGUGAGGACUUUGUGUCUCUUUGACGUUUUGUCGUAAGACGUUGCGCUAGAGAAAGCGGACUGGUCGGCUGCAUAAGCGCCAUAGGCUCCUCUCUCCACUCAGGGUUUGUAACCUUUUCCAUUGUGCGUGUUCUGCCGCGUGGCACUCUCCUUUCCAUUGGCUCUUCGUAUAUUCUACUAAACAUGGCAGAAUGCUGACAAUCAAAAACCAUAUUGACCGUGUUUUUUAUCGGUAUAGAGGGCAAUUAAUUUUCAAUAUAUAUUGUUAUCGUUUUAUUGCCCAGCCCUAUCCUGAGUGCAAAGUCAUGCUGUGGUAUCAAAGUAUAAGUUCAGGAUUUGAGGCAAUAUUCUUGGAAACAAUUAGUAAGUCUAGCCUUUUUUAAAAGUCACCAAAUCUGCCCACUAGUAUGUCUUCAACACAUCAAGUAAUGUUUGGCUCAUAACAGACAUUUCAAUGCUUGGAAACGAGCCCCUCCAGCUGUUUCUUUGUUUCCAGUCUUUGUGCUAAGUGUAGUCUGCCAGCCGGCAGCUGCAAUUAAAUGAUUUUAACUGCUGUCUCCACAAACUCUGACAGAAACCCUCCCUGUUAGAUUUUGGAAAUUUCAUUAGUGUCAGAGAGCGGUAACUGUAAUCUCUGGGUGUUCCCUGAAAAUUCAUUUGCAAUAUUUUCUCCUUUUCAUCCUCCCCAGUUGAAGGGCUGUGCGAGGGCAUCAAAGCAGGGUUGGUGGAUGUCGCCGUGUGGGUGGGGACCUGUGCUGACUACCCCAGAGGUGACGCAUCUACAGGCUGGAAUUCAGUAUCCAGGAUUAUCAUUGAGGAACUGCCAAAAUAAAAAAAAAGCAUGCUCCAUAUAAGGGAGGGACCAGUCUUGGCAGUAUAAGAGUAUGUUAUCUGGCUCUCCAAAAUGAUCAGGUUUGCUCAGCCGAGGCGUCACAGCAUCACUGAUGGUAACUUGAAUGUUUUAUUGUUUUGUUUAAAUACUAUAAUAGUUGACAGACCUAUAAAAAGAGGAAACUGUGUCACACUGUUUACCAGAAAUAAACUCUGUACUGUAGCUUCUCUGCUUGUGGGUGCUUUAGGUGCAUGGUCACCACCAAUUAAUAGACAUUUUGACAAAACACAGACAUUUAUACUCAUGUGACUUGUUUGUAUUCAUUAUUGUUAAUAAACUUGUUUUUUUUUUAAGAUUUCAAUUCCAA